AUGCCUUACACGUACCAGGACUCGAGACCCCAGGCUCCCCCACUGCCCCAGACUGCACGGGCCACACACUCCUCUGGCAAGACAUAUGAGGAGCUGAAGCGCGAGUGCCAGCAGAAGGGAAUCCUGUUUGAGGACUGUGACUUCCCAGCCACUGACUCCUCUCUUUUCUUCAGUGAGAGGCCAUCUAUCCCCUUUGUGUGGAAAAGGCCUGGGGACAUUGUUAAUGACCCACAGUUUAUAAGUGGAGGAGCUACAAGAACUGACAUUUGUCAAGGGGAUCUUGGUGACUGCUGGCUAUUAGCAGCCAUAGCUUCACUUACUCUGAAUGACAAAACCUUAGCCAGAGUUGUACCUCAGGAUCAAAAUUUUGGAACUGGUUAUGCUGGAAUAUUUCAUUUUCAGUUUUGGCAACACAGUGAGUGGCUGGAUAUCGUUAUUGAUGAUCGAUUACCAACUUUCAAGGGCCGCUUGGUUUUCCUGCACUCAGCCGAACACAAUGAAUUUUGGAGUGCUUUACUGGAGAAGGCCUAUGCCAAACUGAAUGGCAGUUAUGAAGCCCUGAAAGGAGGCAGUGCAAUAGAAGCCAUGGAAGAUUUCACUGGAGGAGUUGGAGAAAUGUAUGAAGUUAGAAAAGCCCCUGACAAUUUCCAUGACAUUUUAGAGAAAGCACUUAAGAAAGGCUCUAUGGUGGGCUGCUCCAUUGAUACUAGCAGCAUUGCUGAGUCAGAAGCUCGAACCCCUUUCGGCCUUAUAAAAGGUCAUGCAUAUUCAGUAACUGGCAUCGAUGAGGUGAGCUACCGGGGCCGGAAGGUGGAACUCAUAAGAAUAAGAAACCCAUGGGGGCAAGUGGAGUGGAAUGGCCCUUGGAGUGACAAUUCUUCUGAGUGGCGUUUGGUCAGCCCAUCUGAAAGGAAACGCUUAUGUCAGACUUCACUGGAUGAUGGGGAGUUCUGGAUGAAAUUUGAAGACUUUAAAACACAUUUUGAUAAAGUGGAGAUCUGCAACCUCACACCUGACGCACUUGCCGGCAAUGCUGCUCAGAAGUGGGAGGUGACAGUUCACCAAGGGAGCUGGGUCCGGGGUUCUACUGCUGGAGGAUGCAGAAAUUUUCUAGAGACCUUUUGGACAAAUCCACAAAUCAAGCUAUGUUUGACAGAGAAAGAUGAUGGGCAAGAUGAAUGCACAUUUUUAGUGGCUCUGAUGCAAAAGGAUCGGCGUAAACUCAAAAAAAUAGGUGCUGAAAUGCUAACAAUUGGCUAUUCUAUUUAUGAGAGCCCUAGCUCGGAUGACCACUUGCCCAAAGACUUCUUCAGAUACCAUGCUUCCAAGGCAAGGAGCAAAACCUACAUUAAUCUAAGGGAAGUCUCUGAUCGAUUCCAGCUGCCACCUGGGGAUUAUGUUCUUAUUCCUAGCACUUUUGAGCCACACCGGGAAGCUGACUUCUGCCUGAGAAUCUUCUCUGAAAAGAAAGCCAUUACUCAGGAUCUGGAUGAAAAUGUUGCCAUUGAUCUCCCAGAGCCCCCUAAUCCAGCCGUAACCCAACAGGAAACUGAUGAGGAAAAACAAUUCCGGGCACUGUUUGAACAAAUUUCAGGAGAGGACCUGGAGAUAUCUGCAGAGGAACUUGAAAAUGUUCUGAAUGCGGUAUUGAAAAAAACAAAGAGUAUCAAAUUCAAGAAAUUAAGCCUCAUUUCAUGCAGAAACAUUAUUUCUCUUAUGGAUUCCAGUGGUAAUGGGAAGCUGGGAUUUAAUGAAUUCAAGAUUUUCUGGGAUAAACUAAAGAAGUGGAUAAACAUCUUUCUUCUUUUUGACUUGGAUAAAUCUGGAACCAUGUCCUCCUAUGAGCUUCGUAAUGCCCUGAAAGCUUCAGGCUUUCAACUCAAUAAUUACCUGCUGCAGCUGAUUGUCCUGAGAUAUUCUGAUGAACAGUUCCAGAUUGAUUUUGACGAUUUCCUAAACUGCUUAAUUCGCUUAGACAAUGCAAGCCGGGUAUUCCAGGAACUAAGCAUGAAAAACAAGGAAGUCGUUAACCUGAACAUAAGUGAGUUUAUCAGCCUGGCAAUGAACAUUUGAAGAUAUCCAGACUGGACUUCAGGAGUCUCUCAGGAUGGUGCCCAGAGAGCCUAUUCACCUUCAGUAUAAAUGUAUAUAAGAACUUUGGUGCCAAGGGAAUGCUUAUACUUCCCAGCCCCUCUCAUCUUUGCCCCUAUCACAUUAAUGAAAAAGAUCUUUAAGGAAUGAAAUUUGUUCUAUUUUUAUAAAGAUAAGUUUGGGAUUUGCUAAUGUGUACUCAGGGAUGUAUUGGAAUGAGACACUUUGCACAUUUCAAGGAAGCUGAAACUGACAGUCUUACAAGACAAUGGCCUUUUUAAAUACAAUUCUUUUAGUCCCCAUUUACUAGCAGCAGGAAAACCCAGCCAUUAAAAGUCUUCAUUGUUGCUUAACUACCAAUUAGCAAAUGCUUGUUAAGGUAUACGUUGGAUAAAACUUUGUUACAGCCAGACCAACACUGAAGAGAGUCUUGCAAACUAGUGGAGUUACAGAUGGGCAUCUACUCUUAAAUACUUCUAGAGGGGUGGUCCUGAUUCUGGCUUGCUCAGAACAAUAUUUGACCCAAAGCCUGGCCUUGUUUACAAAUCCUGAUGAGAAACAAGAGCUUUCCUUUUACUUUACUUUCUUCCCCUAAUACCAGCCUAGUCAAGCUGUAACCCACAAGCCAACCAUGUUUUGCAGAGUAAUGCAGUAAUUGGCUGCCUUCAUUUUCAGCAGGAGUGCAUGGUCUUUUGAGAUCCCUGGUCCCAGCAUACAUCUUGAGUAGCUAGAACCUGUUUCCACAUAGACCACUCCUCUGUAGUGAAAAGGAGUGGCUUCAGACUGUGACAUUUUAUGCAGAUUAUCUCCAAUCAAUAUUAAGUGCCUGUACCUUCCCUCAGUUUUGUGUUUAAGCCAGAUCCUGCACAAGUACAGGAUGUGCUAUUCUUAAAUAAUUCCAGACAAGUGCCUACCCAGAAAUCAAAGGCCUUACAGGUCUUUAUAUGUUAGUUCUGGCUUGUUCCCUAGAGCAAAUGUACAACCUGUGUCUGCUUUGCAAUAAAUCAUGUGUGCUGGGGUUGUUUUCUAAAUCGUUUUUUACAACAAAUGCAACAGCUGUUUGAGCAGUUUCUUAUCUUGUAAUGUCCAAGUCCUGUGCACCAAGUAGCUGGUGCUUUAUUUUUGUAAUUUGGUCUCGUAGAUAGUUCUGAAAAGGAAAUCAAACCAUAAUAAAUAUGAAGUUAAAAUAUUAAGAAUGGUCACCUCUAAGACAGCAGCUGCUUCUUACUAUCAGUAGCAACCUCAGGCCUGUAUAGGUCUGGAUGGUUCUUGAACUAUUUACGAGGCAGGCAAAGACCAUGGGUACGCUUACAGUAUAUGAUGAACCAAGGGAGUCAGCCCCAUACAGGGUACUUAUUUUUCAUUAUAAGAUUUUAUGCCUCUCUGACAUUGUUGGCAAAGACCUAGCCUAGUUAUCAUAUGUGAGAGCCCUUUAACUGAUUCUGGAGCUACUACUGACAGACUUGUACAGGGGUGGGUCCCAAACUGCUUAAAGGGGUUGUUGUGACAUAAGACAGUAGGGAGCUACAUUUACAUUUCAAAGUGAGCAGCAGACACUUGGUUAAAAUCUGUGAAAGCUAGGAACAUUAUAAGAAAGGACCAUAAGUUGUGAUUAAUGUAGCCAAUACAUGGAAUGUUACUUUGCUAUAAUAAAUGUAUUUUUGUUAAAAUGUUUAGAUAAAUUAUAAGAACAAAGCAGCCUCAUCAGACUAUAAACUAAAGUAUAGAGGUAACAAACUAGUGUAAAUGGAAGGGAAAUAAAAUACAAGUUUCCCUUUUGGUCCUUUUUGAUUUCUCAAGGAUAUAAAUCUUAACUAAUUGACACUUUUCUGGUCCACAAGAGACCUGGUUUAAUUCAGUUCUGAAAGUUUCAGUGAAACAAAGAAAUUUAAAUAAAACCAAACAGAGUUUAUUAGAAUAUGAGGCUUACAUUUGCCAGCCAUCUAUAAAUAGUAAGUCUAGGCUAGGGGGAGAUUUGGGGAUUUCUAUGAGACACCUGCUGGACUGUUUGCCUGUAGGACUGUUUGGAAGACCCCCUGCUGUGGAGCCUGAGAGCCUGGCCAACUUUGAUUUGUGCCAGACAAAACGUAUCUGAUAAGAUUAUACUUUUCCUCAGCUAUUAAUCUUGCUUUGUCAUUUAAUCAAUAAACUUCUCACAUUGGUUGGAAUGA